AUGACUUUGCACGGCGCACAGAAGGUGGAAAAUGAGGAGCUGCGCCUCGAGGGAAAUCUGCUGGAAGAACCAGCUGGCCUUUUCGAUCCUACUGUCCUUGAGAAUCUAGCACCAGCAUUACCCGAUAUCGCAAGGAAAGGGUUCAAAGCCGCAGUCAAUGCUGGGGCAUGCGAUACUCAACUUUUGGCCAAGGUUGUUGCCGAUGAAAUAGCGAGGCAAAAUCUGAACCUCAAGGUAGCUUAUGUAGAAGGUGACACUAAAAUAAACAAGUUCGUCAGUUUUAUCACUGGAGAGAACCUAAAGGACUGUGGAUAUACGCUCAAACGCUUGCAGUGCUAUCUGGGCGGUGCAAGUAUUGCAGAAGCGUUGAAUAAUGGCGCUGACAUUGUUUUCUGUGGCCGCGUUGCAAAAGCCGCUCCAUCGGUUGGAGUUGGGUUGUGGUGGCAUGGGUGGAAUCGCGAGAAGGACUUUGACCAAAUUGCUGGCAGCCUAAUAUGCGGCCACCUCAUAGAAUCCUGCCCAGAAGGCGUCGUCAUGGCGGAGGAAGGGAAACCCCUGGUUCGCGUAACCGGCGUAAGGGGCCUUCCCCACCCACCACUACGAAAGACGUGGAUUGAGCGUCAAGUACGCUAUUCCGCUGGCGAUGCAAUCAAAGAGCUGUCAUCAUUUAAAUUCAGCGUGAACGGGUACCGCCCUGACGUAACACGGAACCAAAAUGUCGCAACGUGCGAUGUGCGCAUUUUCUUUCAAACCAAGAACAAGAAGCUAGUCGAUAAAUCUACUCUGCAUGUCCCAGGUUUCAACCGACGGUGUAUGGAUAACGGAUUGCAAGGCUACCCAGGCUGGACACUAGGUAUCGAUCAGCGACAGUCUGAGGGCAAAGUAAACUACGAGUAUACUGUCAGUCUUUUUCCACAGUCUGAAGUACAGCAUCAUGUUGUACUGCCUUGGCUUGAAAACAAGACUAUCGAUAUACUGCCACCCAAGGAUAUGAAAUUGUAUCCUCGCCAGUCCAACUACGAGAUCAAGGAUGUCGUGGAUCUGAGGACGUUUGGUCCUACCACCAGAGGUGCUAUGGGAUGGGUAGUUGGUUGCCACUCAGGUGGCAAUGCAUCAGAUGCGAAUGUCGACUUUUAUGUUCGCAAUGAUGAUGAGUGGGGCUGGCUUCGCUCCUUUCUCACCAUAAGAAAAACCAAGCUUAUGCUUGACGAAGAAGACCAUCUUGACCGUGGGUUUAAUUCCACUAGCACUUACGACACACUUGGCAAGAAUUUCGGGGAAUAUCUGCGCGCGAAAUGGGUAGAUACUUUAAACCGCUUUCUGGAAAGAGGGCGAUUCUGA